CAGCGGAGGGGCAAAAGUGCGGUUGGCAGCCCAGGAAUCGAACUCUGCCGAGGGCGGGUAUUCCAAAGGCGACCGCAGCCUCAGUAGUUGGGCCGCGGCACGAGGGGCGGACGCGACCGGAGGGACGCACUGGGGACUGUUUAUAGCCCUGUCAGGACCGCUCAGAGAGGGGAGGCGGGGGCCCGAGGUGAGCGGCCUCGGGCCUGCCGCGGCUGCGAAGGGCUGCCUGGAUGAUGGCAUGCUGAGAAGCAUCCCCGAGCCUGGGCCCCCAUGGCAUACCAGGACAAAGAUACGGAGUCCUCACCUCCCUGGGCCUCCCAGAUAGGGCCUUGGGAUGCCAUCCUCGAGGCCGUCAGGGAGCAGCUCCCAUCUCUGGACUCAGAUUCCUCCUUGUCGGACUGCGGGACAGAGGAGCUGUUCAUCUUCCAGCGAGAUCAAACUGCCCUGAUCCCAGACUUGUCAGAGGAGCUGACUGAAGACCCUGCCAGGGCCUGGCUUGCUGCGGUCGAUGGGUCUCCUGAGCCAGGCGUGGUACCUGUGGGAUUCACUCCAGAACCCCAGAGGCAGUGGGGCACAAGGACAAAGGCUUCUGCGUCCCUACAAGGCGGGGAUCCUGGAGGGCCUGUGGAGAGCUGUGAGGAGGCCACUUCCCUUCUUCGAAUGCCUGAGGACACCCCCCUGUGGCGGAAAGGCAACCAGGGGGCCCAGAGUCAUCCCUGGGGGCCCCAGGGAGAAGCCACCUUCUCUUCCUGGGAAGGCAACCUGAAAACAGAGCCCCCCAGCGCUGCCUUACGGGCCUGUUGGGGUGCAGACUCCAUAGGCCGCAGAGCCCUCCGUAAGGAGAGAAGGAAGAUGAUUGAGAAGGACAUACUCUAUAAAGUUACCCGGGAUACCCGGGACUCAGCCUGCAGUGGCCAAAGUCAAGUGGAGGGGGCAUCCUGUGCCGCGCCAGCAGCAGGUCUGAGACCAGAAACGCCCCCAGAGGGGUCUCGGGAAGGACCUCCAUUGCUCUCCCUCAAGGAACUUGAAGAGUGGGAUUUGGAUCACAUCCUUCAGAGUCUGGCAGGGCAAGAAGGCGACAGGGGAGAUCGCGCACCCGGAGCCACGUGGUGGGCAGCUGACCGCCUGGGCCGAGACCGCAUCCAGCCCAACACCCAGGACAGACUCAUGGACCAGCUCACCCUUCUGUGUGCCGCACAGUCCAGAGGCGCUUCUGCCUGGAAGGUGCCCGCUGACGCGCCCCAGGACACCAAGCCGCAGGAGGCCCGCAGCAGAUCUGCUCCGAUGGAACCGGGCUUCCAGGCUGAGCUGGGCCUGACACUGGCCAAGGGCACACAGCCAAGGAGCCCAGCAGAGCCUCCUACCAUCUUCAUUGAUCUGCGGCCCUCAGAGCCAUCAGACAUUGGGGCCUUGGAAAGCCCCAGCUCCAGUUCCUCUGACAGCGAGGAAGAGGAAGAGGACACAGAAGCUCUCAGAGACCAGCAGAGCCCAGCCAAGUGGGAGUGUCCUUCCUCCCGAGGGUUACGGGACUGUACCGGAAAAAGUCAGCUUCUCCAGCAGCUCAGGGAAUUUCGAAAGGGGACGGCUCAGCCCAAUUUGCCUACUGCUGCGGGUCCUGGUAGCCAGAAGGCUCAGGUACCUGAAGAUCCAGCCACCUCCAGAACCAAGAGGAAGCCACAUGUACCACCGUGGGCUGAGAAGCAGAGCACCCAGGCCAGAUGCCCAGGGGGCAGUCCCAGGGUGCUAGGGGACGACAGCCAGGGAGACCCUGGUGCCUCCCCUGGGCCAACUGUAGCUGCCUCCAGGACUGGGAUCUGAGGAGCUGGGCGGGAUCACUCCACUCUCCAUCCACAUGCCCAGGCCCCUGGCUCUCCCUCGUUCCCGUGAGAAGG